AUGAGGAUCUGGAAUAUGCAACUCUUGGAGUCUUCACCAGAAGAAGACAACAGCUGCCCGCAGCGAGCAGUGCUGAGCAAGGGAGAGCCAAGGAAAGACGGCUGCAUGAAGACUGAGCUGCUGAAAGACAUCACCAACAACAAAGAGGAAGGGUUUAAUGCCAUGGCUGCAGAUGAAAGCGCUACAGAAAAGCAAGUGGGGGAACCAAAAAUGGCAGUGGAUGGUGAAACCAACGGUUCCUGUGAGCACAGCGAGGGUGGGGGCCACCCAAACCCAGCGAAAAACACUCAGGACAACACGAAAGUGAGCCAGCAGGACUCUUCUACUAAAUUAAAUAGGAUAGCAGAAAAUGGCAUUUCGGACAGCGAGCCUGGGAAGCAAAACCAUCUGAAAGCAAAUGACUUCACACAGACUUCUGUCACAGGGAGCAAUGGAUAUAUCCUAACCAAGCAGAUGGCACAGGAGCAGCCUCUAAGGACUACCAGCUUUGCUUCUCUCACUGGCCAUGCUGCAAAAACCCUGCCUGGAGGAGCAGGCAAAGGCAGGACUGUGGGGUCCUUUGCCCAGCUCCAAGCCACGAUGCCAAGCAAGCUCGGGGAGGGCAGCAAGGACAUGGAUGCUAAAAAAGGCCCUGCUGCUAAUGCUGAAGUCAAGGUGCACAGAGCACGGAAGACAAUGCCUAAACCCACCCCCAGCCUGGAGUUGCUUCCUGAAUUGGGAUCAAAGCUGAAUCUGAAACAGCAUGCAAGUAAAGACCCCAAAGAUGGGAGAGACAGCAGAGAUCAGAAGGAAUCCAAGGAGAAGGAGUUUGAGAACAUGCUGGACUUUGUGAAGCCGUUGGCGUUGCCCUCUCUCCCGGGCCUUCACCAGUCACUACCUCAGAACCAGAGCUAUGUGGCCACCACCAAGGCACAGACAGCUGCUGCAGUAUCUCGGAAGAAAAAGCGGAGAAUGGGAACCUAUAGCCUGGUUCCCAAGAAAAAGACCAAAGUGUUAAAACAGAGAACAAUGAUAGAGAUGUUCAAGAGCAUAACUCAUUCCUCUGUGGGUGCCAAGAGUGACAAGGAGCUGGGGGAUGGCAGCCCCCACGUGAACGGGGAGAGCAUAGAUGUGGACUCUGAGGAGGAGGACUCGGAUGAUUUGGAAGAGGAAGAUGAUCAUGGAGCAGAUCAGGCAGCCAUGUUCCCUGGGGAUGACAACAGGACCUCCAAGGACAGCGCGUCCGACGCAGACAACGCCAGGAAGAUCGAUGAUGGCGAGUCUGAGGAAGAGCAAGAGUCUGUAGAAUCAGGGGAGGAGGAGGAGGAUGGAGACGAGUCUGACUUGAGCUCCGAGUCCAGCGUCAAGAAGAAGCUGCUGAAGAGGAAAGGGAAGACAGACAGUCCAUGGCUGAAACCCACCCGCAAGAGGAGGCGGAGGAAUAAAAAGAAACAAGGAGGUGUGCUAGGUGCUGAAGCCUACAAAGCCUCGCUGGGCAGCAGGGAGGGCCCCAGCCAGGAGAACAGCAUGGAGUACAUGGAGGUGUCCCUGGAUUCCCUGGACCUCCGGGUGAAGGGGAUCCUCUCCUCACCUGCGGGAGGUCUCUCCAAUGGCCCUGAAGCCAUGGAAGUGGAUGGUCUGCAGGAGGUGCCCCUGUGCAGCUGUCGGAUGGAAACCCCCAAAAGCAGAGAGAUCACCACCCUGGCCAACAACCAGUGCAUGGCCACAGAGAGCGUGGACAACGAGCUGGGCCGAUGCACAAACAGUGUGGUUAAGUAUGAACUGAUGCGCCCGUCUAACAAAGUCCAGCUUUUGGUGCUGUGUGAGGACCAUAGAGGGAGGAUGGUGAAACACCAGUGUUGCCCUGGCUGUGGAUACUUUUGCACUGCAGGCACUUUCAUGGAGUGUCAGCCCGAGAGCAGCAUCUCCCACCGCUUCCACAAGAGCUGUGCCUCGCAGGUGAACGACACCAGCUACUGCCCUCACUGCGGGGAGGAGGCCUCCAAGGCCAAGGAGGUGACAAUAGCCAAGGCUGACACCACCUCCACGGUGUCCCUGAGCUACGAGCAGCAGAAACCUGCAGCUGUGGAGGGCAGGGCCGACACCACCACGGGGAGUGGCACUGGGACGAGGUUGUCAGAGGAAGACAAGCCAGAAAGUUCUGCUGCUGAAGGGUUUGACAUCCCUGGGUCUUCAGUUUUUCCAAAGCCUACUACUAGCUUGACCCAGGGACCAGUGAAAGAAACUCUGGAAAGUGCCCUGAUUGCCCUGGACUCUGAAAAGCCCAAGAAGCUGCGGUUCCACCCGAAACAGCUCUACUUCUCUGCCAGGCAAGGGGAGCUGCAGAAGGUGCUGCUGAUGCUGGUGGAUGGGAUUGACCCUAAUUUUAAAAUGGAGCAUCAGAGUAAGAGAACCCCUCUCCAUGCUGCUGCCGAGUCUGGCCACGUGGACAUCUGCCACAUGCUCAUUCAGGCUGGUGCCAACAUUGACACCUGCUCUGAGGACCAGAGGACCCCCCUGAUGGAAGCAGCAGAAAACAACCACCUGGAAACUGUGAAAUACCUGAUCAAGGCUGGAGCACUAGUAGAUCCCAAGGAUGCUGAGGGCUCCACGUGUCUGCACCUGGCAGCCAAGAAGGGGCACUACGACGUGGUGCAGUACCUGCUCUCCAAUGGGAACAUGGAUGUCAACUGCCAGGACGAUGGUGGCUGGACCCCGAUGAUCUGGGCCACGGAGUACAAGCACAUCGAGCUGGUGAAGCUGCUGCUGGCCAAGGGCUCGGACAUCAACAUCCGUGACAAUGAGGAAAACAUUUGUUUGCACUGGGCUGCUUUUUCUGGCUGUGUUGACAUAGCUGAGAUCCUGCUGGCAGCAAAGUGUGACCUGCACGCCGUGAACAUCCACGGGGACUCGCCCCUGCACAUCGCGGCGCGAGAGAACCGCUACGAGUGUGUGGUUCUCUUUCUUUCCCGUGGCUCGGAUGUCACUUUAAAGAACAAGGAGGGUGAGACCCCGCUCCAGUGCUCCAGCCUUAACUCUCAGGUCUGGGUGGCCCUACAGAUGAACAAGACUCUCAAAGAAUCAUCUUCUGAGAAGCCUGCCCAGAUAGAGAAGGUGGUGAGCAGAGACAUUGCCCGGGGCUACGAGCGGAUCCCCAUCCCCUGUGUCAACUCUGUAGACAGUGAGCCCUGCCCCAGCAACUACAAAUACGUGUCACAGAACUGUGUCACCUCCCCGAUGGACAUUGACAGGAACAUCACUCAUUUACAGUAUUGUGUCUGUAUAGACGACUGCUCCUCCAGUAACUGCAUGUGUGGCCAGCUCAGCAUGCGCUGCUGGUACGACAAGGAUGGCCGACUCCUGCCUGAGUUCAACAUGGCAGAGCCCCCCCUGAUCUUCGAGUGCAAUCACGCGUGCUCGUGCUGGAGAACCUGCAGGAACCGGGUGGUGCAGAACGGCCUCAGGACUCGGUUGCAGCUUUACCGGACACAGAAGAUGGGCUGGGGAGUGCGGACGAUGCAGGACAUUCCUCUGGGAACCUUCGUGUGCGAGUACGUUGGGGAGCUGAUCUCCGACUCCGAGGCCGAUGUCCGUGAGGAGGACUCCUACCUCUUCGACCUGGACAACAAGGAUGGAGAGGUUUACUGCAUCGACGCCCGUUUCUAUGGCAACAUCAGCCGCUUCAUCAACCACCUGUGCGAGCCCAACCUCAUCCCCGUGCGGGUGUUCAUGUCCCACCAGGACCUGCGCUUCCCCCGCAUCGCCUUCUUCAGCACCCGGCACAUAGAGGCUGGAGAGGAGAUCGGGUACGUGCCACCCCUGCCACCCCUGCUGGGGACACUGCGCUGUGCUGCUCCCCAGCUGCCCCACUCCAUCCCUGUGCUCCCUUGGGGUCCCCCUGAAGUUUGCAAAGCUCCAGGAUCGACCUGGCCGUGCCCACUCAUAGCCCUGAGCCCAGCGUGGGCAGCAGGAAAGGGGGGAUUGUGCCCCUGUGCCCAGGUGAGACCCCACUGCAGAGCUGCCCCAGCCCUGAGGUAGUUAUUAGAACAGUGGCUGCUGCUAGGAUGGGUCACGGGCUAGGGUCAACUGUGUGGUAAGAAUGUGCUUGGUGUGCCAUUGAGAGUUAGAGAUUUUCUUGUAGGUAGAGGCUUAGUAGGAGUACGAAAACAUAGGCCUGGAUUAUCGCUACUGAUACUUCUAGAAUAGUUAGUAAGAAGAGAACUAGUAGGGUUCCUCCAGCCCAGGGAGGAGCUGGAGCUGCUGGAGAGAUCCAGAGGAGGCCACAGAGCUGCUCCAGGGCUGGAGCCAGG